CAGUCUCAGGCCACUCACAUACAGGAGGUCACUGCAUUGAGACUUGACUAUAUUCUAUCCCAGCCGUAAGAAUUAUUCCCGAUUCCUUCUUGAAAACAUUCAAUGUUUUGGCCUCAACCACUUUCUAUGACAGAGGAUUCGACAGGCUCACCAGUCUCUCUGUGAAGAAAUUGUUCCUCAUCUCAGUCCUAAAUGGCUGAUAGCAUGUCCUUAGACUCUGCUAUAUGUUUGGAGUGUUGUUGAAAUUCUCUGGCCGGCUGGGGAGAGCAGGUUUAGUGGCGGGCACCUGUCGUCAUCGUGGGAGUGUGAAAUAUUUUUACUGGAAAUGGUUCAAAAUUUCGAAUUUUUUUUUGAGAGAGAGAGGGCAGGGUUACGCAUUUCUCGUCCUUGGAGAUGAGGGAUUUAAACAAGGACUGAGUCACCUCUCGGAGUUAGAGAAAGCAAGAAGGAGACGGAGCAGGAAAGCUGGUUCGGCUUUUAAAGCCUCUCUCUGGGUGUGUGUGAGUGUGUGUGUGAGUGUGUGUAAGUGUGUGUGUGUUUGUGUGUGUUUGUGUGUGUCUGUGUGGGUCUGGCUGGUGGAAAGUGCCCAGGAUUAACCAGAAACAAGCGGAAUUCAAUAUGGGACAGAUCCAUCAAGUUCGCUGGAGAGUUUCGGAGGAAAUUGCCUGGAAGUGUUGGGAGUCGGUGCGCGGUAUUAAUCUGGCAGAUUCAGCCCCCGGCGAGCUCCGAGGAUGGAAUUAAUGCGGAAAUUCACCUUCUUGGUCAGCUACCUCAGCUGCAUCUGGUACCUACCCCGUCCGGAGUCUGCAGCCGGCCUCCUCGCCUCUCACUCCGCUCUCACUGCGCCGCUACUGCGCCAGGGGCCCCUGGGCGCCGUCGAAGGCAAGAGACCGAGCCCCGGGGCGAACCCCCGAUGGGCUCCCGGCGCUGCCCGAGGCAACACCCCCGCCUCCGCCGCCAGGAAAGCGAGUCGCAGGAGCGGCGAGGCCAAGGGCCGAACGGCCGGCGUACGCUCCAAGAAAGCUGGCGGGCCGCAGGUGACCGCUCACGAUUACAUGCUGUUCCUGUACAAGAGCCUGUCGGGGAGUGAGCGGCGCGGACUGAACAGGAGCAGCUCGCAGCCGGCGGCCGCUCGGCCCAACACCGUCAGCAGCUUCGUGGACAGGGGAGAAGAUGAACGCCACACCCACAUGCGGAAACAGAAGUAUAUCUUCAACAUCAGCUCAAUGGAAAAGGAAGGUUUGCUGGGAGCUGAGCUACGGAUCCUGCGGACACGGUCAGCAGAUCCAAGGCGGCCACGAGUUCCAGGAACUGUGUACAACCUCCGAAUAUCCAAGUGCCCCACAGACAGGCAGAAGCCAAUUGUACUCGACUCUUGCUCCAUUGAUAUUUUGGAUGAGCCCAAAUGGGAAGUCUUUAACGUUUGGAAACUCUUCAAAACGUACCGGAAGGAGCAGCCGUUGACUCAACUUUGCAUCGAGCUGGAGGCCUUGGUGAGAGGAAGAGCAGUGGAUUUAAGAAGCUUAGGUUUUGGCAGGGCUGGUCGCCAAACCAAGGAGAAAGCUCUUCUGCUGGUGUCAGGUAGGACCAAAAAACGGGACCUGUUCUUCAACGAAGUCAAAGCCAGAUCGGGCCAGGACGACAAGACUGUUUAUGAAUUCCUGUUCAACCAGAGGAGGAAGCGAAGGGCCCCUCACACAUCCCGACAAGCAAAAGGCAAGAAGGUCAAGCCAAGGUGCACUAGAAGGCCUCUCCACGUGAACUUCAAGGAGAUGGGCUGGGAUGACUGGAUCAUAGCUCCAUUGGACUAUGAAGCCUAUCACUGUGAAGGAGUUUGUGACUUUCCUCUUCGGUCUCACUUAGAACCCACAAACCAUGCCAUUAUUCAGACACUGAUGAACUCCAUGGACCCAGAAUCAACUCCACCUAGUUGCUGUGUACCCACAAAACUAAGCCCCAUUAGUAUUUUGUACAUAGACUCUGCCAACAAUGUGGUCUAUAAACAGUAUGAGGAUAUGGUAGUAGAGUCCUGUGGUUGCAGGUAGCAUCGGACUGAGUUAUCAGCAAUCAGUAAUCGGUACAAAUAUCAGAUUUGUGCCAUAUUGAGUAUUGCAGGCCCAUUUGGUUUUCUGGUGGCGCCUUUGCCAUCAAAACACCAUUGACCUUUGGUCAUAAGUCAAACAUGAAUAUUUAAUGGUGCAGAAAAUAAAUUGCAGUUAAAGUCAAGCGAAACUCACAUUUGGCUCCAAAUUAACCACAGUAAUCACAUUGGCUCUAAAAUGUAUCUCCUCUGAGUGGCAUGUACCCUCGGCUAUUGUGAGUUGGCGCCAAGAAUCUGAUUGACAGUUCGUGUUACUGGUACUUCAAAUGACCACCACAAUCCACUCACUCAUCACUGCUGCUUAAAUCAGACAGACCGGAGAUAGUGCUGGGAGAUGAGAAAUUCAGGGAGGAAGAGAAUGAAGUGGGUGGUGAGGGCAGAGAACAUGGGAGAGAGGGAUUAAGUUGUGACAUGGCCCUAGAAAUAUUUUUCAUUCUCAUUUGGGAUAAGCAUAAUCUGUUUUCAACAGACAGUGGCUAAUGUUUCAAACUAGUUUAUUAACUUCAAAGCAGUCUCAUGGAGCAUCAUCUGUUGAUCAUUGCAAACAAGGAUGCUAUCACAAUGUCCUCUGUACUACUGAUCAAAUAGUUAAGGGGAAAUUGAAACCAAUUUUCGACAACAUGUUAACAUCUUUGGUGAUGUUAAAGACCAACCAUCCACUCAUGACCCAUUUGAGGGGGGGAUGCAGGGAAGGACACAUAACAUAGGAACAUAGCAAAUAGGAGCAGAAAUAGGCCAUUGGGUGCUUUGAGCAUGCUCCAUCAUUCAAUACUAUCAUUGUUGAUCAUUCAACUCAAUUCCCUGUUCCCUUUCCCCACCCACCACACCCCCCCACCAAGAGUACCUUUUAUCACUUUAGAACCUAAGGACCAUAUCUAACUCCUUCUUAAAAUGCCCAAUAUGUUGCCCUCAACCACGUGUUGAGAAUUCUCUGCAGCAGAGUUUUCCACCUGCUCCCCACUGUCUGGGUGAUGAAAGUUCUCAUCUGGGGCCUAUCCUGUAUUAUUGGACUGUCGCAGUCAUCAGGAACAUCCUUCCUGCAUUUAUCCUGUCUAGUCCUGCCAGAAUUUUACAGGUGUAUGAGGUUGCCCCUAUUAUAUGCUAAAAUCCAGUGAAUUUAGUCCUACCCUAUCCGAUAUCCCUUCAUACAUCAGCCCAGCAAGGUCACAGGCAACCAUCUGCUUGUUGUCAGCACUGACCAUCCAUGUUGUAGGUGAGUACUUGGUAUGUAGUAAUGAUCAAUCCUCCUGGGGAAAAGAUAUUAAUCUCGAAACAGUUCUCCUACUAUUUGCACUCUUCAGUCCACGAUCAGGCAUUUGUUGGCUGACAUUCAAAUGUUUUGUUAUCUGAGAAAGUUGAACAGAUAACAAUUAAGAUGUACUCAAUAUCUGGUUCUAUCAGAACUUCCAGCAAAUUCUUAUCGACUGCUGUGCAUUAAACAGCUGCUUUCUUGUUAAAGUGAACUUAUAAAUCACACAAUUUUCAAACUGGUGUCAGCUAGUGAGCAGUUUUAUUUUAAGACAGGUGGUCCAGAGGUUUGAACACUGAAUAGAUGGAUUUCCAUUCUUAGUCCCGUUAAAAAUAUUUUUUGAAGUUCUUUUUAGAAUAAACAAGGGGAAAGGACAGGGGAGGAAGCAGGCAGACCAUAUAUCAGCAUCUCUGAACCUGAUGAACACCGUAUCAAUGUUACUUCUCAAAAAACAUUCAUUACAUUUGGUCAAAAAUGGAGCCAACAAGUAACAACUCCAGAUGCAUAAAAGUAGGCAAGUUCUCGAUUAGACAAUACUGUGUAUACAUUGCGAUUCAAAAACUAAACAAUGAGAAAAUAUAUGGAUGGCUCUAUAUAAAAUAUAUGGAUGUGGUUAGUACUUCUGCCUCACAGUGCUAGGGAACACAGGUUCAAUUCCACCCUUAGCACUGUCUUUGCACAUUCUUCCUAUAUCUGCACAGAUCCCCCUUCCAGAUGCUCUGGUUUCCUCCUAUAGUCCAAAGAUGUAUUGGUUAGAUGGAUUGGCCAUGCUAAAUUGUCUGGAGUGCCCAGGGACGUAUAGGCUAGAUGAUUGGCCAUGGGAAGUGCAGGGUUGUGGGGAUAGA